UCCGCCUCUUCUCGUAUCUUUCCCAUAGCCCAAAAUGGCGGCGGAGGUGGAUUUUGGCGACCUAGAGCUGUUCGAGGCGUUUGACCACCUAGAGGAGUCGACUCCGAAACCAGUUCACACUCUCUUCAAGGACGACGACGGAGACGAGGAGGACGAGAAUGGGGUCGGCGACGCAGAGCUGCGGGAGCGGCUUCGGCAGUACGAGGAAACCAUCGAGCAGCUCCGCGCCGAGAAUCAAGAACUUAAAAGAAAAUUGAACAUUCUGACUCGACCAAGUGGAAUAUUGGUGAACAAUACUAAAUUAGAUGGACCUUUAUUUCAGAUUCUAUUUAUGAACAAUGUUAUUUCAAAGCAAUAUCAUCAAGAAAUAGAGGAAUUUGUAUCAAAUUUAGUAAAAAGAUUUGAGGAACAGCAGAAAAAUGAUGUGGAAAAGACUUCCUUUAAUCUUUUGCCCCAGCCUUCCAGUGUUAUGCUAGAAGAGGACCAUAAAGUAGAAGAAUCCAGUGCUGUUAACAAUAAGGAAGCUUUUAGUGUUGUAGGAAGUGUCCUGUAUUUUACUAAUUUUUGCCUUGAUAAAUUGGGGCAACCGCUACUAAAUGAAAACCCUCAGCUUACGGAAGGAUGGGAAAUACCCAAGUACCAGCAAGUCUUCAGCCACAUUGUUUCUCUAGAAGGGCAAGAAAUACAAGUAAAGGCAAAAAGGCCAAAGCCUCACUGUUUCAAUUGUGGUUCUGAAGAGCAUCAAAUGAAAGAUUGCCCAAUGCCUCGGAAUGCUGCUCGAAUAAGUGAGAAGAGAAAAGAGUAUAUGGAUGCCUGUGGUGAGACAAGCAGUCAGAAUUUUCAGCAGCGAUACCAUGCAGAAGAAGUAGAAGAAAGAUUUGGAAGAUUCAAGCCAGGAGUUAUCAGUGAGGAACUUCAGGAUGCGCUGGGUGUGACGGACAAGAGUCUUCCACCUUUUAUAUAUCGAAUGCGCCAGCUAGGAUACCCACCAGGCUGGCUCAAAGAGGCCGAACUAGAGACCUCAGGGCUUGCACUCUAUGAUGGAAAAGAUGGUGCUGAUGGAGAAACAGAAGCUGGAGAAGUACAACAAAAUAAAAGUGUCACUUACGAUCUCUCGAAAUUGGUAAACUAUCCAGGUUUUAAUAUAUCUACUCCCAGAGGAAUUCCAGAUGAAUGGAGGAUGUUUGGUUCCAUACCAAUGCAGGCAUGUCAGCAGAAAGACGUGUUUGCCAAUUACCUAACUUCUAACUUCCAAGCGCCGAGCGUGAGGUCCAGCAGCAAGAGGUCUUCGUCUCUGCCCAGGCCUAGUAGCCCAAAGAAGCAGAAGAAGGAAGGCAGCUUGGCAGCCUCGCCCGCUGACAUGGAGCUUGACUCGGAUGCAGAGGUCCCGCACGGGUCCCCGAGCAGUGAAACUUUUCAGUUUCAGCCCCCGCUGCCCCCUGGCACUCCUCCGCUCCCCCAGAGCACCCCUCCACCCAUCUUCACGCCUCCGCUGCCCAAGGGCACCCCGCCACUCACUCCCAGUGACUCACCCCAGACCAGAACGGCAUCUGUGACUAUGGACGAGGACGCACUGACUCUGGAGGAACUUGAAGAACAGCAGAGGCGGAUCUGGGCGGCCCUCGAGCAGGCCGAGAGCGUAAACAGUGAUUCUGAUAUUCCUGUUGACACACCUUUAACCGGGAAUUCGGUUGCCUCUUCACCUUGCCCGAAUGAGCCUGACCUCCCUGUCCCAGAGGGAAAAACAUCUGAAAAGCAGAUGUCAGAUGAGGCUGAGGUACCAGACACCAGUACAGAGAAGUCGGAAGUUGAACAAACCUCGAGUCCAGAUUCUGAGGCUGCCUUGCCUGGCCAGAAAGAAGAGGAAGAGCCAGCUCAGGUAGACUCUAAAGGUGCUCUUGACAGCGGCAGGGUCGAGUCAGACUGUGAGGUCAAGAAUGGAGGCAGCAGCCCGAAGCUCCUUCAGGCGGAUGCCAGUCCUGGAACAGCCACUAAAAUCCAUAGCCCUGUCCCUGACAUGAGCAAGUUUGCAACCGGAAUAACGCCAUUUGAAUUCGAGAACAUGGCGGAAUCUACUGGAAUGUACCUCAGGAUAAGAAACUUGUUAAAGAACUCGCCCCGAAACCAGCAAAAAAACAAGAAGGCUUCUGAAUAAACUGCUUUUGACAUAGCACCAAGAGCUAUUUAAUUAUAACUGUGCAUUCUGGUAAUUAGUACUAAGUGGACAGGUAAAAUUAUUUUCCUGUUUGUCCCUCCCAUGUUAAAAGAAGUCUAUCUAGGGCUUCCCUGGUGGCACAGCGGUUGAGAGUCCGCCUGCCGAUGCAGGGGACGUGGGUUCGUGUCCCGGUCCGGGAAGAUCCCACAUGCCGCGGAGCGGCUGGGCCCGUGAGCCUUGGCCGCUGAGCCUGCGCGUCCAGAGCCUGUGCUCCGCAGCGGGAGAGGCCGCAACAGUGAGAGAGGCCCGCAUACCGCAAAAAAAAAAAAAAAAAAAAAAAAAAGUCUAUCUAAGGCUUAAUUGUGGUCUGAAGUCAGGCCUCUUUUAAAGAACAGAAAGACUGAGCUUGCUGGUUUACUAUAUUUUAUUCUUGCUGAUAAAACCGUGGGGGGUGGGACGUAGGUAGGAGCUGGUUUAGAGAUAGUCUGUUAAGGUUUAUACUAUUUUUGGAUUGUGUCUGUCAAGAGUGAUGGUUUUUAUCUGUCUUUUGUACAUUGUUUUCCCUUUCUACAUUUUGCUAAUUAUCCUGUAUGUAAGUUUAAUAUAUCACUUUUUAAAAGAAAAAAUUCUAACCAUUUAAAGUUCCUAUUUCAACUGUGUGAACCAAACGAGAAAAUCAGGGAUGAGCAGCUUUAUCCCAUUUCGGGUACUUUUGUAAGUGAUUUACAUGCAUCAGUUUUAAUAACACUUUUACUUUUUUGUAACUUCAUUCUUCAUAUAAGCUUGCUAUACAGGUAUGUUCAUCUUUGUGUACAAAGGUUUAAUAAAUUAGCUUUCAUAUACAUAAUCUGAGACUUUGAAUACAAAAAAAUGAUUCACAGUUAAAUAAGUAUAUACAACCUUGUAAGUUUGGAAGUAAAUUUUGUGGUUGCAAAAAUUAGUGGCAGCAAAGGAAAUAAAGAAAUUACAAGUUUGGGUAUUUUCGGUGGAUUUCAGCCUUAAAUAUAGAAACAGCAGGACCUUUUAAAGUAAUCAUUUUGAAAAAGAUAAAUGGAGGGCAGCUAGCCUUUGUACAAAAAUAAUUUUCUAGAUUUGAAUCCUAUGAUAAUUGUUAAAAACAAAAAGUAGACGUAAAAAAUUGUGUUUAAUUGUCAGAUAUAUCAGAUAGAGCUGAAACUAUGUUUUUUGUCUUUAUGUGGAAUGCCAUUACAUCUUUAUACUCAAGUCCAUGAAAAUAAACAUUUAGAUGAUCUUGAAUGAUUCCUGUUAGGUAGUGUUAUUCUCCUCACAGGCCAGCAGAGGGAGCAAAAUAUAACCAUUUCAGAUUCGGUUUUCAUUUUGGGAACUUGAGAAACCAAAUUAACUGGGAAGAAAAAUUAUAUGAAAGAGAGAAAUUUAUUUUCAAGGCCCUCACAGAAUGUGCUAGAAAUUGAAUAAAAUGUUUAAUACUUUUGG